CUUUCUUUCUUUCUUUCUUUUUUUGCCUUUUUCAUACAUUUUUCCUUUUGUUCACAAUGGUUUACAAUCCUACUGUUCCUCAAGAAGCUUUGGACUUGAUUGAAUACAUCAACAAGUCACCUUCUCCUUUCCAUGCCACUUUUGAAGCAACUGAACUACUGAAAAAGGCUGGUUAUCAAGAAAUAAAGGAACGUGAAAGUUGGAACAAUGGUGUUCUUAAACAAAAUGGAAAGUACUAUUUUACUCGUAAUGGUUCCUCUAUUGUGGCAUUUGCUAUUGGUGGUCAAUAUAAGCCUGGUAAUGGUUUCUCUAUUCUUGGUGCUCAUACUGAUUCUCCUUGUCUGAAGUUGAAACCCGUAUCCAAAAAGGACAAAUCAUCAUAUUUAGAAGUCGGUUGUCAAACUUAUGGAGGAGGUAUCUGGCAUACUUGGUUUGAUCGUGAUCUUUCGGUUGCUGGACGUGUUUUGGUUCAACAUGAGGAUGGUACCUUCAAGCAUACAUUGGUGAAAGUGGAUCGCCCGUUACUUCGUAUCCCUACUCUUGCUAUUCACUUGGAUCGUACUGCAAAUGAAUCGUUCAAGUUCAAUAAAGAAACCCAACUUGCACCUAUUUUGGCUACUGAAGUCAAAUCUGCUUUGAGUGGAAUAGAAAAACAAGAUGGUGUAGAGUCUGAAGCUAACCAUCAUCCUUUACUCAUCCGUAUUUUGGCAGACGAAUUGAAUGUGAAACCUGAACAAAUUCGUGAUUUCGAAUUGGCUCUUUACGAUACACAGGAAUCUACGAUUGGUGGUGCUUGCAAAGAAUUCAUCUUUUCACCUCGUCUCGACAACUUGGAAAUGUCUUAUUGUUCCAUUGCAGCAUUGAUCAAGUCUGAAUCGUUGGAAAAGGAAACCAAUAUUCGUAUGGUGGCUUUAUUUGAUCAUGAAGAAGUUGGUAGCUUGAGUGCUCAUGGUGCUGAUUCCAAUUUGCUUCCUAGUACUCUUCAACGUUUAGCCAAUACUCAAGUUCUUGGUACUCCUGAUGUAUCCUCCACGGCAUUUGAAGAAGCUAUUCAUAAAAGUAUCUUGGUUAGUGCUGAUAUGGCGCAUGCAAUUCAUCCCAACUAUUCUGACAAACAUGAAGAAAAUCAUCGACCACUUAUGCACAAGGGAACUGUGAUCAAGAUCAAUGCUAACCAAAGAUACGCAACUACUGCUGUAACCACCUUGGUGCUCAAGGAAUUGGCAAAGAAGCAUGACAUCCCUAUUCAGGAAUUUGUUGUUAGAAAUGAUUCUUCUUGCGGUAGUACCAUUGGACCUAUGUUAUCCGCCAAGCUUGGUCUUCGCACUAUUGAUAUUGGUAAUCCUCAAUUAAGUAUGCAUUCUAUCCGAGAACAAAGUGGUGUUGAUGAUGUCAAACAUGCUAUCCAAUUGUUAUGGGCGUUCUUUGAGGAAUUCCCUGUUCUUGAAACCAAACUUAUUGUGGAUUAAAUAUAGAAUAGAUAGAAAUGACAUUAGGAUGAACUUUUAGUUUAAUCAAUCCAUCCAACUCUGGUGAUGAUUACUUAUUUAAUAAACUUGUUUGAAAAAUUUGGUUACAGUU